AUGGUCGGGCUCGGAUCCGCUCUGACCUUCGCACUGCCGCACUUCCAGAUUGGUGACGGUCGAGCAACUGGGCCAGCAUGCUUUCGUGAUUGGGGUCGAGAUGCUGGACCACCACAGCGCCGUGCCGGAACGGCGCGCGCGGGCGUCAGCAUCCGCGCAACGCCUCCAGCCCGCCGGCCGACGCGCCGAUGCCCACCACCGGCACCGGUGCGAUGUCGUGCUCAACCCGCUCAUGCGGUCUGGUCCCGUCAGAAUGGUGGGGCGACAGCCGCGUCGCUCUCACGGGAAAGGCGGCUCGGUCGAGGUCGGACAGGGUCGGGCUUGGCUUUGCGCGAUCGUCGCGGCGGUAUUGGCGAUGGCGGUCAGCGACCUUCCAGCACCAUGCCGCUUUUCGGCGUGAUCGAGGGUCAGUCGGCCCGACGUACGCCCCAGUUCCGCGUCAUAGGCGGACAGGCGCUCGGGCUGCGAACGGCUGACGUCGAACUGCGAGGCGAAGAUAUAGGGCAUGUGACCGCCCAAUUGCCGCAGCUUCGACAUGUAAAAAGCAGGUUGACGAAGGGCGAGCCGUCCUGCGGGAAAUUGAUCAGCGUCGUGCGGACAUUCAACUGGCGGUCAUUGGUCAGGAAUUCCCUGAACGCGAUCGCGCGCCUCGACAUUGUCGGCGUCGCGCUGCAGCAUCCGACACCCGCCCGAUCAUCUCCUCGCUGGUAUAGCCGGUCAGUUCCCGGAAACCAUGAUUGA